ACACAUAAUUUGAUCUAGGCUAAAGACCCAAAUACAGAUGAAGAUGAAGAUGGUUUGUCUCCUACUCCUCUUUCUAUUUGCAUUUCCUGUCUCACAUUCUUCUCCUUCUUCCCAUUCUGAUGAAGAUGCUCUUUUGGCUUUUAAGACUUCUCUCUCUCUUGACUCUCACAAUAGUUUACAUGAUUGGUCUUCCAAUUCUUCUUUUUGCAAUUGGACUGGUGUUGUUUGCUCUUCUCGUCAUCAACGUGUGGUUUCCUUGAAUCUCACAGGUAUGUCUUUAGUGGGCACCAUCUCUCCUUUCCUUGGCAAUCUCUCUUUUCUUAGAGUACUUGCUCUUUGGAAUAACAGCUUCUAUGGCCAAAUUCCGACUCAGCUGGGAAGGCUUUUUCGUCUUCAAAUACUUAGAUUGUCUAAAAAUGAAUUAGAAGGCUUCAUUCCCUCUACUUUGGCUGACUGUCGUUCUUUACAACGUCUCAGUCUAUCCUACAACAAUCUGAAUGGGAACAUUCCAUCUGAGCUGGGCCUCCUUUCACAUUUAGAAAUCAUUUUUUUAGGAGAAAACUACUUAUCUGGACCGAUUCCUAGUGAAUUUGGUAUGCUCACUAAACUCAAAGAACUUUGGCUUGGUGAAAACAACUUGUUAGGAGUGAUCCCCACUACCCUUUCCAAUUGCACUCACCUCCAAGUUUUGAUAUUAUAUGCUAAUCAAUUAAUUGGUCACAUCCCCUAUGAAUUUGGCAAACUAUCGGAGUUACAAGUAUUGCUUUUAUGGGAAAACCAGCUCACUGGAGAAAUCCCAACUUCCCUCUCCAAUUGUACUCAACUUCAACGAAUUGAAUUAGAUGACAACCAACUAAAUGGCUUACUGCAAUUGGAGUUUGGAAAAUUGUUCCAACUUCAAAGGAUUUCGAUUUCGGGAAAUAAUCUCAAGAGCAAAAACAAUGAGUUGUCUUUUCUAACAUCCAUGACUAAUUGCUCCUCUUUACAACAUCUAGAUUUGUCUUUUAAUUAUCUCAUUGGGAUUUUGCCUUCUUCUGUUAACCAACUAUCAAGCAAACUAUAUUACAUGAAUUUGAAUCACAAUGAAAUUGGGGGAAACAUACCAAGUGGCAUUGAAAAUCUUACAAAUUUGGGAGUCUUAGACUUAUCCGAUAAUCAUUUCAAUGGGACUAUUCCAUCCACUCUCGGUCAACUUUUGAAUCUUGAAAGAUUGUAUUUGGACAAAAAUAAGUUAUGUGGAGGAAUACCAGCAAGUUUAGGUCGUGCAAAAAGGCUUGGAUUGGUAUCAUUGAGUGAAAACAUGAUUUCAGGUCAAAUUCCAGAUGCUCUUGGCAAUCUUCCACAAUUGAGGGAUUUUAUUCUUCAUCACAAUCAACUUUCAGGGAAACUGCCAGCUAGUUUAGGGAGAUGUAUCACUUUGGAAAAGGUGGACUUAUCUUACAACAGACUACAAGGAACCAUACCUCUUGAUUGGGCAAAUCUUGUGAAUCUCCAAUUCUAUUUCAAUGUUUCUAGCAAUUUAUUACAAGGUUCUAUUUUAAUAAUGAAUAAAAUGGCAAUGGUCCAAGCUAUAGAUGUGUCUCUCAACAACUUUUCAGGUGAAAUUCCAGUUGCAUUGUCAAGUUGCACAAACUUGCAAUAUUUGAAUCUUUCAUGGAAUUCAUUUUAUAGUUCAAUACCAACAUCACUCACAAAUCUAAAAAAUCUUGAAGUAAUUGAUCUCUCUAGAAAUAAUUUGUCUGGUGCAAUCCCAAAGACUUUCCAAGAAAUGAAAAUGCUUCAUCAUAUUAAUCUCUCUUCAAACAAAUUAAUAGGAGAGGUUCCAAAGGGAGGGGUUUUUGCAAUGAUUGAUGAAUCAGCAGUUUCAGGAAAUGUUGGCCUUUGUGGAAAGUGGAUUAAUCUUCCACCAUGCAUGGAUUCCAAGCAUGGACAAUUCUCAACCUCCAAAAGGUGAUAGUGCCAAUUAUGGUUGGCAUUGCAAUAUUUAUUAUGUCUUCUAUACUAUUUUUUAUUUUCUAUAGAAGGAGACAUAGUUAUCAAAAUACCCUUGACUUCAACAUUGGGCCUGAAAAAAUUUCAUAUGAAGAACUUGCAGAUGCAACUGGUGGGUUUAGCCAAACUAAUCAGCUAGGGGUUGGUAGUUUUGGAUCUGUUUAUAGAGGGGUUCUCAACAAUAGUACACAUAUUGUUGUUAAAGUUUUCAAUUUCCAAGAUGAAAAUGAUGUCCAAAGUUUUCAAAGAGAAUGCAAUGUGUUAAAAAGAGUUAGGCAUCGCAAUGUGAUCAAAAUCAUUUCAGCUUAUUGUAACCCUGAUUUUAAAGCAUUGGUUCUUCCAUUCAUGUCAAAUGGAAGUUUGGAGAAGUGGCUAUAUCCUGAGGGAGAAGAUGAAAUCAAAUUAAGUUUGGUUGACCAAUUAAAAAUAACAAAGGAAAUAGCACAAGGAAUGGAAUAUCUACACCAUUAUUGCUUUGUGCAAGUCAUUCAUUGUGACCUAAAACCUAAUAAUGUGUUGUUAGGCGAUGAUAUGACUCCAUAUAUAGCAGACUUUGGCAUUGCAAGACUUUUUUUUGAGAAUUCAAUAAAUUCGGUGACUUCUGCAAGUGUACUCAAGGGAUCUAUUGGCUACUUUGCACCAGAGUAUGGAAUGGGUGGAAAGAUUUCAACAAAAGGAGAUGUGUAUAGUUAUGGAAUUCUAAUUUUAGAAUUGUUGACAAGGAGGAGGCCAACAGAUAACAUGUUUGUAGAAGGUAUUAAUCUACCAAAAUGGGCAAGCAUGCAUUUUCCAAAUAAGAUCACAGAAGUGGUGGACAACCAACUACUCAUAGAUGUUGAGGAGUCAAAUAAAGAAAUGGUAUUGGCAUGCCUUACUGAAGUCAUACAAAUAGGGUUGAUUUGUACAAGGGAGGAUCCACACCAACGCCCAACUAUGAUGGAGAUUGUCCAGAGAUUAGAAAAAGUAACAAGUUUAUUUCUUGGCACUCCUAGAGAUUUUCAUUUGCCCAUAGAUAUCUCACCUUUUCUUGAGAGUACCCAUAAUCAAAGAAAUACUAAUGAAGAGAGCUCUGGAAAUUGGUCUACAUCUACAUAUUAGCCCUUCACCCAACUUAAUGAGAGUUGUUAAUUAUUGUUUCUUUCUAUGGGAGGAAGAAUGUUGAAGCUACUGCUAAUAGAGUACAAAUUAUGACUUCCAGUUUUAGGCAUCUCUGCACUCAUCAUGAAUCUCCAUCUUUAGGUGUAUUGCAUUUAGUUGUGUUGCAGCCUUUGGUUCUGUAUUUCAGUAUUUGGGACGGUGUGAUGAUUCUACUUGUUUUACUGUCAUCAAUUCCAGUCUUAUAUUCUGCCAAAACUCUGUGUCACUGUUCUCUUUUAAACCUUUUUGAGCUAUUGUAAGCUUGUUGUUGUGCUACUGUUAUGAACAAUGGUGUCUGUUAAUUUCUAAUAUUUGAGGCUUAAUGUUAUCUUA